AUGUUCAAAACACCAACAAAAAACAAGAAAUACGAACAACUGGUGGGCAAGACAUUGGCACUAUUUGAAUCACUCGAAGAAUGGGCCGAUUACAUUGCGUUCCUAUCAAAGCUACAGAAAGUACUACAAUCAUUCGCCAAUUCCGAUGAACAAGAAGGAGAUGAACAACCAUUUUUUGUACCACACGCAAAGGAAGUUUCGUAUCGAUUGGCUCUAUGCCUAUCUCCAACACUACCCAAUGGUGUUCAUCAAAAGACAUUGAAUAUAUACGAAUUCAUAUUGGAAAAUCUAAAUCCUCAACAACUCAAUUUAGAUGUGAGUAUAUGGUUGCCUGGCCUCUUGCCACUUUUUUCAUAUUCAUCCAUCCAGAUUAAACCACAACAAAUCAAGAUUUUGAAAUCAUUAAUUGUUGAUAAAUUAACACGUGCAACUUUAACCAAUUUGAUCAAACCAUUAGUACUUUGGUUCCUAUCAGGAAUGGAAGAUACAAAUUCCGAAGUGUUCAAUGAUGUUCAUUCACUAAUGGUUGCAUUCAAGUCCAAACUUCAAGAUGAUUCUCACUUUUGGCAUUGCAUUUUCCUUUGUAUUAUAGACACACCGGAGAGAAGAAUUGGCGCAUUACAUUGGUGUGAACAGAAUUUGCCAGAGUUUACUAAUACUAAGGAUGAACAGGGGAACCCACUUUAUUCUCAAGAAGCCCAGCUUUGCAUGAAACCGGAGGCGGGACUUUUGGUGAGAGCUCUUGCAAUUGUAAUUGGAUCGUCAUCACUGUCAGAUAUUUUGGUAACCAGAGGAUUCUUUGACUUAUUGCUAUCACGAGUUCCAUUAGACAGCUCGAUUUUCGACAACAAAGUGACACCUAAAGAUAAAGACUUGUUGAUUAUGUCAUGUUGCAAAAUAACCUUAAAUAAGGACGUGAGUUUGAACAGAAGAGUGUUGAACUACUUUUUGGGUCCUGAUAUUGAAAGUGAUAGUGAAAGUAGAAGAAAAUAUUUCAAACAAAAUGCCAAGGACUCCUUAAGUAGAGGAUUAGUUAAAUUGGGCACUUCUGAAUCUAAAAAAGACCAAUUUGAUGCGCUAAAAAUGUCAUUUUAUCUCAUCAUGGACAAAUGGGAAAUCAAUUAUGAAUUAACACCUGAAUUAUUUUCUCCGUUUCUUUAUCAUUGUUUUGAAAAGCACCACGAUGAAGAGAUUAUGAAAACAGCAAUGAAUUUCUUUGAUGAGACUGAAUCUACCUACAUUUGGAAUGAAGUUUUCAAGUUGAUUGUACUGAAUGAAAGUUCCAAUUAUGACGUUUUUGAAUUUAUAAUCAAACACUUUCAUCUCAAUGAGGAUGAAAAUAUUGAUAAAUUUGCGCCUUUGGUGUUGGCCUGUCUUUUAGCUGAUGUCGAGAUAACCAAUCAAAAACUAGAGCUUAUUGAGAUUAUGUUUGGGUAUAUACAAAAGGAGAAAUUGGAUGACAUUAGCAAAGACACGCAGUUGUCUCGCCCACAGCUCUUUGAAUCAGUUACCAAGUGGACAAAACAGGAGAUAAAUCAUGAUUUGGAUUCCCUUCCAUUUUCUUUGGAUGAAUUGUCACCUUAUAUAUUCAAACAAUUGGAAACGCUAUAUCUAAAUAAUUCCUCAAAUUUUACCUUGGGUACUAGAAUUGGAAACCUUUUGAUUCAGUUGCUUGAUGCUGUCGAAUCUGAUGAUGUGAAACAAAACAUAUCGGAGAAAUUGGUAUCGCAGUGGUUAAAGGAUACAUCUACGCAGUUAAAUACAAAAGAUAUUUCCGUUGCAUUAUCGCAAGUCAAUAUGCUCAAUCAUUUAUCGAAGUUCAUUAGUGUGUUGCAAAAGGAAAAGUGUUUGAAAUAUAUCCUAACCAGUUUAUGGCAGGCAGUUGUAUCUUCCAAUCCCGCCAAUUUUCAAGUAGAGGCAGUCAAGAGCAUAUUUGAGUUGAAAUUUACGUUCUCUAUGAACAAGAUUGAAGCGGGAAUUUUGGAAUUGUUUUUGAAAUUGCCAAUUACUAAGCAAGUUUCUGCAUUUGAAACAUUAUAUAUCCAUACUACUGGCAUUAACGAGGCAGAAAAUGUCUUGAGUCGGUUAUUCCAACUAAUCUUGGAUAAGUCGGGUAGUAACGAAGGACAACAACGUGAAGUAGUAUUGGAUUUAAUCCAUGGUCUUAUAAGCAACAAUAAGCCACAGAGAAUGCUCAACUUAUGUUUUAAUCCAUUAACGAAGUAUGGGGUUAUGGAGAAUGGACAUUUCAAAUUUAAGCCAAGUGACGAUUGUGAUCAAUACGCUUAUGAUUUGAAACAAGUAUGGUCUUUGUUGAAUUUUGAUCUGAAGAGCAUUAGACACCACGUUAGUAGUGACCAAUUUGUUGUGCCUGAUGUGACAAAUGAACAUGAACAUAGCUUGCAAAUUUCUUACAAAAGGUACUUGAUCCUACUUUUGAAGGAGAAUCUUGGUUUAAUUUCCAUUGCGGAUGCAUUCAAGUACAGUAAAGACGAAUAUCGUGUAAUUGCUGACUUAAGCUUAAACAUUUAUAUGGAGCUAAUCACUGGUAACGAGAAAACUUUUGAAAUGUUAUUUGACGAAUUGCUUAUUGAUGCUUUCAAUCAUAUCAGUGCACACGACAAAAACAUUGUAUCUGAAUCAACCAUUGGCAACUUUUUGCAAUGCAUUUUCCAUUUCCUUGAUCAAGCAUCAGGUUCCAAUGCCAAGUUGAAUUUGUUGCAUGUAGAUGAGCAAGAAAAAGGUCCCGUUUUGGUGAAUUUGAUCCAAGUUGGUGUAACUCAAUGCCAAUCACCUAAUUUACUUGAAAAAUACAUGAACUUGAUAAUCAAGGCAGCAUAUCUUUUUGGUGAUUCAAUUUUCAGCAUUUUACUCACUUUAACUGAAACCAUUGUUCUGAAGGUUAAUUCGUUAUUCGAUCGAUUUAUCAAUUGGGACAACUUUACAUCUAAUGAAAAAUUUGAUGAUUCAAUGAUUAUUCUCUUUGAUGGGUUGGAAAAUUUUUUAACAGUUUGUCAUGGUUAUUUGAUGCACUCAAGUGCUAAAGUUCAAAUUCAGUCACAAAUGAAUAAAGAUUCCACCAACAAUGGGUUCUUAAACAGUGUCAUGCUGGGAGUUUUCCAAAUUGAAUCACCUUCGACUAAAGAUACCGAGCAGAAUAAACAUUAUUCUACUCUUAUUGCGUUUCAUGAUGCAACAAAAGUUAGUUUCAAAAUAUGGGAUUGGGCCGAUUCGAAAACAAAUAUUCCCGAUAAUGUCACUACUUAUUCCGAUCGCUCAUUAACGUUUAUUUCAUAUAAACUCAAGUUUAGAACCAAGACAUUUUUGGAUCUAUUGAUUGAAUUGGAAAGACAAGAGAUUGUUAAUACGUUAAUCACUUCACAUAUCCAAUUGUCUAGUGUAUUGAAAGUACUCAAUAUUUUAGACAACGGUCGAUCACAAGUUACAUUGCCCUAUUUGUUCAAUUAUAUCAAGAUGAAAUUUAACCCACAGUCAUUUUUAGAUACAAAUAAAACCUAUGUCGAAUCAAGUGUGGAUACUAAUGAAUUGUCCAAUUUCAUAGUGGCAUUUUAUGACUUUAUGGAUUCGGAUACAAUUUUCGACACUUGGAAUCAAACAUUGGAGUUUUUGGAAGUUAUUACAUCACAAAUAUCUCACUUUGAGGCUAUUGUUCCUGGUGCCUUACAAAUUUGUAAAGUGAUGUCGGUUAAGACGAACAACAGUAGGAACAGAGACUAUCUAAAGAACAAGAAGUUGUUGUCUGAUAGUUUCACCAAACUUUUCAAUCAAUAUAUCAAUCAUCAUUCAUUUACCAAACUGAAAGCUAUUGAUGUUGAGGAUGGCGUGAUUUACGAUCAACAGUUUAUUGAUACUUUAAGGGAAUUGAUCCCUGUAUUGGAUGAGAUUUAUCGUGAUUCAGAAAAGACAAAUCAAACUGUUGGAUUCAUCAUCAACAAUGCCAUUGUAACUCAAUCCAAGAAGAAGCAAUCACAUUUGAAUGAUACUUUAUUACAGUUGUUAUUGUUAAUUGGACAACAUUAUCCAAUACGAAUUUGGAAGUCUACAGUGACGGAUUUGUUCAAUGAUGGGAAUUUUUUCACCACUAGCACGUGUUCCAACCCCAAAUGGAUGGAAAUUGUCCAUAUAUGGAUUGAAAAUGAUAAAGACAAAUUCGAUGACAAAAUUGCCAAACUUGCUCCAUCGUCAACAAAUUCCCCCGCGGGGACUUUGUUCAAUUGGAAUGAAGAUUCAGAAAUUGAAGCCAAGAUCAAUAUCCUUAAACAAUUGACAUAUAUCAUUCUUGUUCAACCUCAUGAUUAUUUUGCUAACUACAUUAAUCUGAUUUUCGACAAGGUGAAUCAAUUGUUGAGCUUGAGUGCGUGUCCCGCCCUGAUUCGAAUUGAAAUAAGUACAUUACUUCGAGCUAUUGUUUUAAAAAUUAGUGAUAUUCACUUGACUUCUCAUUGGGCAUUGAUUAUUCAUGAAUUACAACUGGUUUUCACCUCGAUUUCCCAUCCACCCAAAUCAACUAAAGAACUAACAUCAAUACCUGCUGAUUCAUUGCAGUUGAUUCUAUUUGCAUCAAAAUUACUUGAUGAGUUGCUAAUCAUUAAUCCUGAUGGGUUUAAUUUAAACUCUUGGUUAUUCAUCAGUGUUGAUUUUGAAAACAGAACUACUCAAGCCAAUCUGGUUAUCGAUUGUAUCUCCUAUAAUAAUGAUUUUACAUUUUUGAAAAAUGAUGCAAUAAAGCUAAAUCAUGGAGAUUUGAUGGAUGAUCAUCUUAGUCCGUUAUUGGAAGGAGUGAGACAAAUUUCACUGAUUACUCAAUUGAGAUUGUUUUUUGAUUCAUUGAGUAUGAUUCAUUAUGAACGGACUUAUAGUUUGAAACCAGUGAAUUACAGUGCUUGUCAAGGUGACAUUAUCCACGAUUUGAUCACCACAACCAAAAAAUAA